AUGAUACUGAUGUUAAUGGUCAGACAAUGCUUGAAUCUCCAACACAACAUCAAAUGAAAUUGUUCUCCUCAAAGGAACGGAGAAAGUCUACACGUCCUAGAAAUGAUCCUUAUUGGGUUAUACAAACUAAAUUACCAACUGAAUUUAAACCUAAAAUUAAAGAUAUUGUUCCUACUGAAAAUCCAUAUUCUUAUAUGGGAACUCUUCCAGCUUUAGACAUUGCUGAUCUUCACCGUGCAUUCUCUGCACCUCAUACUAUUCGGAUUAUGGGUGUUCAAAAUAGACGCAAGAAUCAUUCUUUUAAAAGUACAUCUAGUUCUUUUAAAUCAACAAAUGAAGAUGGAACUUUUCUUUUAAAGAUAACUAAAAGUGGUAAACUUGGAAGAAAGGUUGAUUUAAUAGAUGGUAAAAAGAAAACUGGUUUAAGAAGUUGGAGAUUAUAUGGUGUAAUAUUAAGUGGUAGCCAGCUAAUGUUCUUUAAAGAUGAAACAGGGUUUACUGCACAGAUGAAAAAGUUGAAAAAUUCAGAGGAAUCUGCAAUAUUACCUGUUUUAAAACCAGAUGUAAUACUUAUGACUGCAGAUUCUGUAGCAGUAUAUGAUAAAAAUUAUGAAAAAUAUAAAAAUGUUUUUCGGUUGGUAUGUCCAAAAGGUCAUCAAUAUUUAUUUCAAGCUGAAAGUGAAGCAGAAAUGAAUGAUUGGAUAUCAAAGAUUAAUUAUGCGGCUACAUUUAAAACAGCUGGAUUAAAAAUGAGAAACAUUCGAAAUCCAUAUGUUGGACAACAGAGACGAGGUGCCAAUAGUAGUGGAUUGAGAUUUGGUGUUGGAAUGUUUGGGCAUAGUCAUGAUGCUGCUGCCAAAGAAUCUCAAGGACGAGCUAAUUUAGUUCGAGCAAAAAUUGAUGAGCUUCAGGGAAAAAUUUCUGCGUUAACAUCACAACUUCAAACAGAUAUUCGAUUCAGAAAUAACCUAUUCUUAAUGAUACCAUAUAAAGCAUCAACAAGAGAUCGUAUAUUACAAGUAGCAACUUCUGUAGCAUCUCGACUAAAACAUACUUGUUUAGAAUUAAGUAGGCUUGUAUGUUAUAAUGAAAUUCUUGAAAAAGAUUUAUGUUCUACAGUAAUGGAAGAUAAAACAUAUUGGCAAAAUCGAAGAAGUUAUUUUACUCCUGGAGAUAAUAGUACUGAUGAGAAUUCAUCAUUUUUAUUUACAUCAGAUUUUACAUCAGAAUUUCCAUCAAGAACUUUGGAAGUUCCUGGAACAUUUAGACAAUUAUUUGUCAAGGAACCUAUUAGUAGUAGUAAUAAAUUACUCAAUUCUGCUGAAAGAGAAGCAGAAAAUAAUUCACGACCGGUUUAUAUAACAUCAUUACCUUGUAGUUCUACAUCAUCUUUAUCUUCAAAAUCAACACUUUCAAUUAAUGGAGAUAAUGAAGAAGAGUAUGAUUUUCAAGGAAAUGUUUCAGAGUAUGAACUUGAGAUAUUUCCAAGAAAUGGGAAUUGUAAUGAAGAUCGAGAUGAUAUUAGUUUUAGAGAUGAUGCUAGUAGUAUAAUUAUUCUUGAAGAUGUUAAAGAACAAACAUCUUUAUCAAAUAGAAAUGAAAAUGAAGAAUAUGAAGCUAAUAUGCUUGAUUCAGGAUCAGAAUAUAAUAGGGAAUGUUUAGAAGAGAUGGGAAUACAUCUAACAGAACAUAAUGAAAUCGCAACAACAUUAUUGGAAAAUAAGAAAGAAGGCAAAACUGAGAAUGAAAAAAAUUUGAUUAUUGGAAGUGCCUCAAAGAUUCAAAUUGAAAUUCCUCAAAUUCAGCUAGAUUUAAAACCUGAAAGUAGACCACCAAUAAGUUUAGGAAUAAUAUCUAAUGAAGUAACAGUACCUGUUCUUGUUAUAUCAGCUGUUGAGGAAGAAUCAAAAGAUGAAAUAAAUGAUGGAAAUAUUUCAGAUGAUGGUGGUGAUCAAUUUGUUGAUGCAGAAGAAUGGGAAUCAUAA